CAAGAAGAUAUGAAAGUUUGGCCUGUUUCCCGCCUUCUUACACUCGAUGUCAUGGAUCCAUCAUUACUGAUGCGUCGCGCGGACGUCAUGAUAAUAUCGUCCCUUGCUACGUCAAUAUAAGCGCCCACACGGCCCAUAUAAGUCUAUAAACUGCAAGUGACUGAGCUAUCAUGCUUCGCCUUUUCUCUCGGACCAUUCCCAGAAAUUCUAACGCGCUACGAUCCCGAUUUCAGCCAAAACUCAUUUACAACUUUGCAAGCAACAUGGCUCCCGGCAAGGCCAACACAGACGAGCUCAAGAACACAAAGCUAUUCGAUGUCUCGCACGUCACAGCUAUUGUUACAGGAGGAGGUACUGGCAUCGGGUUGAUGAUUACCCAGGCGCUGGUAGCCAACGGUGCCAAGGUCUAUAUAACCAGCCGACGCGAAGAGGUCCUAAAGAAGACCGAGGACCUACACGACCACGAGAAUGGCGAGAUUAUCCCCAUUGUAGCAGACGUCAGCGAGCCAGAGGAUGUCAAACGACUAUACAAAGAGAUUAGCGAGAAGGAGCCUGGGGGAAUCCAGCUGCUGGUAAACAACGCCGGUAUUGCACGCGACGACAACACUAAGUUCUCUACUGCUGGGCAGCCAAAUUGGGAGGAUGCACAGUCGGUCUCUGACCACUUCCUGAAAUCACCUCCCGAGUCGUGGGCCGACACCUUCAAGACCAACGUUGGCAGCAUCUUCUACAUGUCAAUGACUUUUCUGCCUUUGCUGGCCAAGGGUGGAGACAAGACCCCUGGGUAUACUUCCUCCAUCGUGAACGUUACAUCCAUUUCAGGUGCGAUGAAAGGCUCCAGCUCAGGACAGUUCGCAUACGCCUCCUCCAAGGCUUCAGCAACACAUCUGUCAAAGAUGCUUGCAACAACUUUCAUUGGCACGAAGGUCCGUGUGAACGUUAUUGCGCCAGGCGUGUUCCCGUCUGAGAUGACCACUGGCUCUUCCGAUAAGGAUAACAAAAGUGUCAUUGAGGGUGGGAUGUCGAAUCCUGCUGGCAGGCCCGGCAAGGACUCUGACAUGGCUGCUUCAAUUCUUAUGUUAGCUGGUCCAGGUGGCGUCUUCUACAACGAGCAAAUCCUGUACCCCGACGGCGGCAACACUCUCACUCAGCCCAGCUCAAAGACUUAAAGGCCUGAAAGAGUUGAGAGUCUACAAAUCCGAACGUUCUAUCUUGUCUUGCAAUCGUCAUGUCUGCCAGAAGCGAUCGGAUUGUUGUGUCAAAGUGCUUUGG